AGGAAAAAAUAAUACAGAGCAAAAACAAACAAAAAAAAAGGGCAAUACUUCACCGCUUCUCUCUCUCUGCACGAGCUACCACACGGUCCACACCACCACUCGCCAGAAAAGCUCACCGCACCACUUCCCACCCACCGGCUGUCCCCCCCUCCCUCUCUUUCUGCCUCAAUCUCCCUCAAUCUCCCUCACGACGAACUCGCCCCACUUCUAGUAGGCUCUCUUAUCAUCCUGGCUCCGCCACUGAACACAACAAAACUAAGAUAAAGCUGCUAGCUAUUGCUGCUGCUGCUUUACUCUUGGUGGUGUAUCGUACUCAACUUCCCGGAAAACGCCACCGCAUUUUAGUCUCCGGCCACCACAAACACUAACAAACUCUUCCAGGUUUUCCUUCCCUUUUCUAUUUAUUUUUUGCUUAUUCCUUCCUCUUUCCAUUACCACGCGCAAGGAUUCGAUUCCAGCGCGAUUCCGCGGUUCCUCAAAAUUGCGUCGCAUCAUAACAGACCACCGCUCCCCACCGCGAUUCCACUAUUGUGCGAUAAAUCGCCGUGAUUCAUAACAUUGAAUUAUUUAAUACAAAUCAAUAUUUAUUAGGAAUUAGGGAAAUUGAUUGAAAAACUAUGCCAAGGUUUUGAUCGAAUAUAAUGUAGGUUUUGUCUUUAUUAUUUUAUUUAUUUUCUCUCCAGGAAUCAAGUUGCAGUGACUUUAUUUUAUUCACAUGUUGUUAUUUGAAUUCUUCUAUGAUAUUGUUGAAUUUAAAAUAAGUAGUUUGAGUUUGUUUUACAAUACAAUGAGUGAAUGGAGUUUUAUCGUGAGACGCAAGAAUCACAAGCGUGAAACAUGUUAUAAUAUAGAGUAACUCAAUUGGCAAAAAUGCCAAAAUUGUUAGGUCAGACGCCAUGAUCGGGGUUUGAACCUCAGUCCCUUCACUUUGUGUGUGUGAGUUUCCAAUGACUUACGAAAAAAAUAGAAGCUAGAGUAGUUAGGAUUAAAUAGUGUUGUUGGCUAGUUAAAUGUGGUUACCGAUAUAAAUUAGUAAAUGUGAUUACCGAUAUAAAUUAGGAGAAAUAAGAAUAGAGAAAGGAGGCCUGUGAUUCUAAACUUUGUUCUUGCUUACCCAAUUAAUUGAUUUCUUCUCAACUCCUCCACACCAAAGAAACCUUUGUUGGGUUUGGACAAUUUCGUUUAGGACAAUCCAAAGGGAUUUACAGAAAGAAAGAUAGAACAACAGAAGGCUACCUAGUAUCGAAUUAAUGACCACCACCCUUAAUUCCUCCUAUUGAAAAGGUGUCUUUUCCUCAUAUAAUCCAACACCGGCUUCCACAUUGAUGAUCUUCUUGGGUUUGCACCAACCAGUAAACCCGAGAGUCAAAAUGGAACUUUAUCAAUGGUACAAAACAAGAAAUUUGAGGUGGCUUCCACAAAAACCAUCAUCCAAAGUCACACCAUAAAGCUUGCCUUGAAAUUUUUUAUCUUUAGUCCAGAUACAAACUCAAAACUCCUCGAUAUUGUUUGAAUUCUCCAUAUGUUUUCCUAUGUUUCUUCUCCCAACAAAACUAUGUCGUCCACAAACUGAACAAUAUUAAAAUGCAUAUGCUCGAUUAUUUUGAAUUCUUUGAUCUCUACCGCCUUGUUUUCUACUUACUAGACCAGCCAAAUCUUCUUCCGCAAUCAAGAACAAAGAAGCUAUCGGCUUGCCUUGACGAAAUCCCUCACCCACCUUAAGUCUGCCGUUGACCAAUACUAACUAACACAGUGAUUGUAAAAACACAUACCUUCAUCCAUCUAAUCCAAAUAUCGGGAACCCCAUCUUUCUACAUAUAUCCAAGCUACUACUAGUUAGAAUUAGAAAAUUUGUGCUCACAUUUCUUUUGAAUAUUUCUACUCAUGUAUUUCAUCAUCACCGUUAUGCAACACAACUUCUCAACCACUUUAGAUUGAGAUAAAAACCUACCUCAAUUUUUUUGUUAUAUGAUAGUAGGUCCGGUCCAAGCAAUUACUCUGUUCCAAAAAAAAGAAAUAGAAAGCCCAGUCUCAGACCCCUUGAGCUUAGUAUUAGAAUAAAAUAUUUUAAGUUAAUAUUAUUAUGUUUUUUGUUAUUUGUAGUCAAAAAAUCAUUCAAUUUGUCUAAAACAUAUUUUCUCACUUUUGACCGCAAAUAACACAAAACAUAUUUAAUAGUAUAAACUUAAACUAUUUUAUUGUAAUACUUAGCUCAAUAUUAUAUAUGUAGGAGUCGGGAUUUGAACCCUAGACACUCCAUUUACUCGCCGCCAGGCUAUUUGACAAAAAAAAAAAUCCCAGUCCCAAUCAACUAGCACGUGGCUCAGAAAAUAAAAAAAAUAGCCAUACCUGCGCAUCACUCUUUUCUGUUCCCACUCACCGCCACCGCCACCGCGCCGCACCUCUACAUCCCACCACCGGCGACUUUCUCCUCUUCUGUCCCUCUUUGUUUCUGUGCUUUUCCAGGACCAAUUUGCCCCUACUUAGAGCAAUGGGAAAGAUGUACAAGAAGAAACAAGAUGAGAAACAUGGACCGCGAAAAGAGCAUACGAAUAAACUGGAUGACGAAAUGGACAUAAGGAAGAUUAUGAAAGAUGUUGAAAACUUUAGCAACUCACAUAUGUCAUGGAAAGAACGCAAAAAGAUUGAAGAUAGGAAGGUUGUCUCACUUGGUGGGAAGCCCCUCAAGAGUCAGAGAUUACCUUUAAGUGUGGCACGGCCAAUGAUGAAGAAACAAAAGCAAAGAGAGGAAAAACUGCUCCAAGAGCGUAUGAUUCUAGGACGAUUUGGGGGAAAGAUUGGCGGUAGCAGUAGUAGCAGUAAAAAACCAGUUGGAAAACACAAACCUGAGGACAGGGGUUUGAAAUUAAGUGAAGGCCGAUUUAGAAAUGGCAUACUUGAUGUGAAGCAUUUGUUGAAGUCAACACCCACAAGAGGUCAUGAUACUGGAAAAAACAUGUCCAAUACCGGGAAAAGACAAGGAGGCAACUGGAAACAUGAUAAAAGGGGUGGUGGUAAGAAGCAUGAAAUGUUUUAAAAAAUGCGACGCGUCAUUUUUCUAGUAAUUUAUUAUGUUGUUCAAUUGUUGCAUAUUCCUUAAGGUUGCUUGCAACCUAGAGGUUACUAGUCAAAUCUUGGAAACAACCUCUCUGCUUGCGGGGUGGUUGCAUACAUCGACCCUUCCCAAACCCUACCCUAUCAGGUGAAAGCCUCAUGCAAUGAGCCGCCCUUUAUUGUUGCCUUUAUUGUUUUGUUUAUAUAUUAGUACUUGAACUCGAAAUGCACGGGAUAGAUGAUAUCUGUUAAUUUCUUUUGAAUAUUUAUUAACCAAAUGAAAAGUUUUCAUAUUUUAAGAAUUCA